AUGAUUUUUCUGAAGACUCAUGUCAGGAGCAUUGUUGCAGGCAAUUCCCUGCUUCCCGCUGUCUCCGAGAUCAAGGGUCAGAGGUCAGGUCACCGUGGUAACAGUAAACUGGCUGAUGCUGGCCUGUGUGCUGGCAGGGGGGCAGGGGUCAAACGUUGGAGUCUCCUGUCCUCCCUACAUGUGCGAGAUGAGAGGGGGAGGUGGGGGAAGUUGAGGGGGAGGGGACUACUGGGUUUCCCGGGGGCUCCAGGGCUGCAGGGGCUCCAGGGCGAGAGUUCCUUCCUGUAUCGCUCUGCCUUCAGUUUGGGACUAACCAACCCUUCCUUCGCCAAGGUCUUCUACAACGAACAGCAUCACUAUGACAACAUCUCAGUGUAGUACGUCACCUUCCACCUCACUGUACAGGGCCGGGUGUGUAAGGUGGGGCUGUACCGUAAUGGCCGUGCUGUGUCGCUGACCCUGGACCAGUUCCUGACCUCUGACCUGGACCAGUCCUCCAGAGGGGCGGUCCUAAACCUCUCCUCUGGAGACCAGGUGUGGCUACAGGUGUAUGGGGCAGCACAGGAAGACGUUGGAAUUUACGCUGACAUCAAAAACGACUCCACUUUUACUGGCUUCUUGACACAGCCACGUCUACCUGGCACCCCAUUGAACAACCGCCGACGGUGA